GAUCCGGACUUGGAAAUGUCCCAGGGCAAGCAGAGCAGGUUAAGCCCAGAGCCAUUUCUCACUGAUAAAGGGAAUGAAAACAAAAGCCUUUCUAGCGCUCAGCGGGACGGAGAGAGAAGCCGGUGGUGGUAUCCGUGUGUGUGUGUUUAUCGCACCCUCGGCUCCACAGAGGAGAGACGAGGCGCUCCGCACUUGAGUUCAUUAGAUGUUAAUUGCGCUUCUGCUCUUCCCCCACCAAACUUCUGGAAAGAGGUAAUAUCCCUGUUCACUUUUGCUGUGGGAGUCAAUAUCUGCUUAGGAUUCACAGCAAAUCGAAUUAAGAGGGCAGAAGGAUGGGAUGAAGGUCCUCCUACAGUGUUAUCGGACUCCCCCUGGACCAACACCUCUGGAUCAUGCAAGGGCAGAUGCUUUGAACUUCAAGAGGUUGGACCCCCUGACUGUCGUUGUGACAACCUGUGUAAGAGCUACAGCAGUUGUUGCCAUGACUUUGAUGAGCUUUGUUUGAAGACAGCUGGCGGCUGGGAGUGUACUAAGGACAGAUGCGGAGAAGUAAGAAAUGAAGACAAUGCUUGUCACUGCUCAGAGGACUGCUUGGCCAAGGGAGACUGCUGUACUAAUUACCAAGUGGUUUGCAAAGGAGAGACACACUGGGUAGAUGACAACUGUGAGGAAAUAAAGACCCCAGAAUGCCCCGCAGGGUUUGUUCGCCCUCCAUUAAUCAUCUUCUCUGUGGAUGGUUUCCGUGCAUCAUACAUGAAGAAAGGCAGCAAGGUCAUGCCUAACAUUGAAAAGCUGAGGUCUUGCGGCACACACUCUCCCUACAUGAGACCCGUGUACCCAACAAAAACCUUCCCUAAUUUAUACACUUUGGCCACUGGGCUAUAUCCAGAGUCACAUGGAAUUGUUGGCAAUUCGAUGUAUGAUCCUGUAUUUGAUGCCACUUUCCAUCUUCGAGGGCGAGAGAAAUUUAAUCAUAGAUGGUGGGGAGGUCAACCGCUAUGGAUUACAGCCACCAAGCAAGGGGUGAAAGCUGGGACAUUCUUCUGGUCGGUGGUCAUCCCUCAUGAGAGGAGAAUAUUAACCAUCCUGCAAUGGCUCACUCUGCCAGACGAUGAAAGGCCUUCAGUCUAUGCCUUCUAUUCCGAACAACCCGAUUUCUCUGGACACAAAUAUGGCCCCUUUGGCCCUGAGAUGACAAAUCCUCUGAGGGAAAUUGACAAAACAGUGGGGCAAUUAAUGGAUGGACUGAAGCAACUGAAGCUGCAUCGCUGUGUCAAUGUCAUCUUUGUUGGAGACCAUGGAAUGGAGGAUGUCACAUGUGACAGAACAGAGUUCUUGAGCAAUUACCUGACCAAUGUGGAUGACAUUACAUUAGUGCCUGGCACUCUAGGAAGAAUUCGGUCCAAAUUUAGCAAUAAUGCUAAAUAUGACCCUAAAGCCAUUAUUGCUAAUCUCACGUGUAAAAAGCCAGAUCAGCACUUUAAGCCUUACAUGAAACAGCACCUUCCCAAACGCUUGCACUAUGCCAACAACAGGAGAAUCGAGGACAUCCAUCUAUUGGUGGACCGCAGAUGGCACGUCGCAAGGAAACCUUUGGAUGUGUAUAAGAAACCAUCAGGAAAAUGUUUUUUCCAGGGAGACCAUGGAUUUGAUAACAAGGUCAACAGCAUGCAGACUGUUUUUGUAGGUUAUGGCCCAACGUUUAAGUACAAGACUAAAGUGCCUCCGUUUGAAAACAUUGAACUUUACAAUGUUAUGUGCGAUCUCCUGGGCUUGAAGCCAGCUCCGAAUAAUGGAACCCAUGGAAGUUUGAAUCAUCUCCUGCGCACUCAUACCUUCAGGCCAACCAUGCCAGAGGAAGUUACCAGACCCAACUACCCAGGGAUUAUGUACCUUCAGUCUGACUUUGACCUGGGCUGUAACUGUGAUGACAAGGUAGAGCCAAAGAACAAAUUGGAUGAACUCAACAGACGCCUUCAUAUAAAAGGGUCUACAGAAGCUGAAACCAGGAAAUUCAGAGGCAACAAAAAUGAAAACAAGGAAAACGUUAAUGGAAAUUUUGAACCUAGAAAAGAGAGACACCUCCUCUAUGGACGUCCUGCAGUGCUUUAUCGGACUAGAUAUGAUAUCUUAUAUCACACUGACUUUGAAAGUGGUUAUAGUGAAAUAUUCCUAAUGCCACUCUGGACAUCAUACACUAUUUCCAAACAGGCUGAGGUCUCUGGCGUCCCUGAGUACCUGACCAACUGUGUCCGGCCUGAUGUCCGUGUGUCUCCGAGUUUCAGUCAAAGCUGUUUGGCCUACAAAAAUGAUAAACAGAUGUCCAAUGGAUUCCUCUUCCCUCCCUAUCUGAGCUCAUCACCGGAAGCUAAAUAUGAUGCAUUCCUUGUAACCAAUAUGGUUCCAAUGUACCCUGCUUUCAAACGAGUCUGGAAUUAUUUCCAAAGGGUAUUGGUGAAGAAAUAUGCCUCAGAAAGAAAUGGAGUUAAUGUGAUAAGUGGACCAAUUUUUGACUAUGACUAUGAUGGCUUACAUGACACACAGGACAAAAUCAAACAGUAUGUGGAGGGCAGCUCCAUUCCCGUACCAACCCACUACUACAGCAUCAUCACCAGCUGCCUGGAUUUCACUCAGCCUGCUGACAAGUGUGAUGGCCCCCUCUCCGUCUCUUCAUUCAUCCUCCCCCACAGACCAGACAAUGAAGAGAGCUGCAAUAGCUCAGAGGAUGAAUCGCAAUGGGUGGAAGAACUCAUAAAGAUGCACACAGCUCGGGUGCGGGAUAUCGAACAGCUCACCAGUCUGGAUUUCUUCCGCAAGACAAGCCGCAGCUAUCCAGAAAUUCUGACACUAAAGACAUACCUGCAUACGUAUGAGAGUGAGAUCUAACUAUCUGAUCAUCUGCAGUGCAGUCUUAUCAACUGGUGUAUAUUUUUAUAUUGUUUUUGUAUUUAUUAAUUUGAAACCAGGACAUUAAAAAAAUGUUAGUAUUUUAAUCCUGUACCAAAUCUGACACAUUACUCCUGAAUGACUCCACUGUUUUUCUCUAAUGCUUGAUUUAGGUAGUCUUGUGUUCUGAGUAGAGCUUGUAAUAAAUACUGCAGCUUGCAUUUUUAGUGGAAGCUUCUAAAUGGUGCUGCAAAUUUGAUAUUUGCAUUGAGGAAAUAUUAAUUUUCCAAUGCACAGUUGCCACAUUUAGUCCUGUACUGUAUCGAAAUACUGAUUUUGUAAAGUUGCAUUCAUUUACUGUUAAUUAUGACAGACAUAUUUAAGCCUUAUAGACCAAUCUUAAAUAUAAUAAAUCACACAUUCAGUUUUUUUUUCUGGUUUA